AUGAGCAUUUACCCCCCAGAAUCCAAUGGCGGGCAGGCUACUGAGGUGGCACAAAAUGCGAGUCUCUCUACCCCAGAGAAGGCCACCAAUGCAGGCCAUGAUCAAGAGACAAUCGAGCAGCUGGGACGACAGCGCCCUUCUCAGUUUUCGAGCAUAUGGUCUGAACUGGCAUUCUGCUUCUCUAUAUUCAUGUGUCAGAUACUUGCAGAAUACUACAUAUCCGGCUCUAAUGUCCUCAUACCAACUCUAAUGAAGGAGCUGGAGAUUCCUCCCGCCCAGUCCAUCUGGCCCUCCACGGCCUUGUCGCUCGCUAUCACAUCCACCCUGUUAAUUUUCGGGCGUCUGGCCGACAUGUAUGGCGGAUUUGUACUCUACAUUGGAGGAAUGGCCUGGCUUACAAUUAUCUCACUUAUUGCUGGAUUCUCCCAGAAUUGGAUGAUGCUGUUCAUCUUUCGCGCACUACAAGGCCUGGGACUGGCCUCAUCCUUGCCCGCGAGCAUCAUGAUUCUUGGUAGAGCAUACCGCCCAGGGCCUCGCAAAAACCUCGUCUUCAGUAUUUACGGUGCCUGUGCUGUGAUGGGCUUCUUCUUUGGGAUCUUCCUUUCUGGUAUUUGCGGUGAAUUCCUUGCAUGGUCAUGGUACUUUUUCUUUGGGGCCAUCUUUUCAGCAGUGACGCUUGUUUCGGGUUGGUUCUCAAUUCCCUCGGAUUUGGCUGAGAAGCAAAAAAUGAAAGUCCAGAUGGAUUGGAUUGGAAGUGCCCUGCUUGUGCCAGGACUGGUGCUGCUGGUUUUUUCCAUUGCAGACAGUGCCCAUGCUCAAAGUGGGUGGAGGACACCGUAUAUCAUUGUCACCUUCAUCCUUGGGGUGGUGUUUCUCAUCGCUUUCACGUACACCCAGGGCUGGGUUGUCACAAAUCCCUUACUUCCUGCGGAUCUGUUUGCAGUCAAGUAUAUGACGCCUUUGGUCAUUUCUCUCCUCCUCCUGUAUGGAUGCUUAGGGGUCUUUCUUCUCUAUGCCUGCCUAUACAUGCAGGAGAUAAUGGGAGCCAGCCCGCUGCAGGUGGUUGCAUGGGCGGUACCCAUGGCAGUUGGUGGACUCAUUCUUAGUGCUGCUGGAGGCCUCAUCCUCCACAUGCUCAACGGGACAAUACUCAUGAUACUGUCCUGUCUCGGGUAUCUUGCAUCUGGUUUUCUAUUUGCGCUUCUCCCAUUUGGAGGCAACUACUGGGCCUUUGUAUUUCCUGCCAUGAUCGGCUGCACAAUUGGCAUCGACAUCAGCUUCAACGUCACGAAUAUCUUUAUCACCACCUCCCUGUCGAAGGAAAGACAGGGUCUGGCUGGUGCCCUGAUUAAUUCGACCCUGCAUUUUGGGAUUGCCAUCAUGUUAGCGUUUGCGGAUAUCAUUCAGGUUCAUGCCCAGAAACACAUGAGUCUGAGGGAGAGCUAUCAGUCAGCGUUCUGGUUCCAGGUUGGGCUGUCUGCUUUUGCAAUGCUCCUGGUCCUUAUUUUUGUGAGAGUCGAGAGUGCAAAGAGUGGAUUGACUGCUGACGAGCAGGCUGAGCUGGAAGCUGCUGCGGGAGUUGCAGUACAAGACAUUGAUAGAUUAUAG